UUCUUCGACAAGGUUGAAGCUUAGUUUUGUUCGUAUUCUGGUAAAUAUUGCUAUCGUAAUAUGUUUGCGACUCAACACACAUGAAUAUCCAUUGUAAGUUUUCUAGUGAUUCAACCAACAUAUUUAAAUUACUUACCUAUUGGGAUUUCUGAAGCUUCAAAGUGGUGAAAAGUUGUCCAGUUUAGCUUGAAAUUUUAUUGAUUGGCGGAGUAACAGGAUUACGAAUUAUUUGUUAUUGAAACAAUAAUAUAGAAGUUUUCCCUUUUGAUAAGUUGAUAACCCCGUCGUUCUGUUUAGUGUGAUAACAUUACAACUGCAAGUUUAUAGUAAUGGCAGUAAACUGUUAAUGUUAACUGAAGACGUAAAAACUCGUUAUGUUGUGCCUAGCGUAUUUAGCGUGCAUUAUUUUAAUUUGCGUGAAUGCCGAACAUAUAGUAAGAUGUAACAAUGAAACAAAUCCAAAAAGUACGAAUUCUGUAACGUUGGUGCCUUCUCCUGACCAUGUCGGGGGUCGAUACGUGAUGGAAUGGUGCACGAAAGGAGACAAGAACAUAACUAAAUGGGAGUUGUACAUCUACUACAAUACGACAAAGAAGCCCGAUCAAUGUAGGCACUAUAAUUUUACAUAUGAUAAAACAUUUAAGCCUCACUCACAUGUUGAGGAAAAUAUGAAUAUAGAUUUAAAUUGUUCAAAUGUCUGUUUUUCAACAUUAAUAGAUUUAAUAUUUGAAUCGUGCUACCACAUUAAGAACCAACUACAUAAGCAAAAGCACAAAAUGCAGAGCUAUGACCAGUUGAUAUACAUCACAAAUAACUUCACAAAUGUUACUAUUCUGCAAUAUAGCAUACCCGUUGCCAAAUCAUCCAAUUCUGAGGAUUAUGUGACGGUGCAGUGGUUCAUGGGCCCCGUGCCCGCUGCCCGCUACGAAAUGAAGUUGUCAGAGCAGCAGGGUGGGGCGGGGGAGCCGUGGGACGUGACGGAGAACUGCACGAGCGCGGUGCACACGGUGACGUGCCGGCUGCGCGUGCCGCCCGGCGCCUACACCCUCGUGUUCGAGCUCAAGGAGCCCUGGAUGUACGGCAGCGUAGCCGUGGACACGGCCUCCAAGGAUUUCAACCGCACGGUGACGGAGGUGGGGUGGAGCAGCCGCUGCUGGGCGCGCGCGCAGCUGUGCGGCGGCCGCACUGCGCAGACCCGCUGCUGCAGCUGGCGCUGCGGCUGA